ACGGGCGCGCCUGCGAUGGAGCCGCAGACACCGGCGGGAACAGCCGGGGACCCCGUCGCUCGGCCGCCUGAGGACGAGGGGCGGCGGGAGGGCCGCACAGCGCCGGCGGAGGCUUCCCUGGGCGCCGCGACGGACGGCGCCUGUGCCGACGCGCUGUGGGAGCUGCCGGUGGAGCCCGCCCAGCGGAGGCCCCAGUGCAGCCGCUGCAGCCGGCCUCAGAAAGUAUGUUUGUGUCCAUUUCUACCAUUGCAUCCUCUGCACAUCUCUACUCAUUUGUACAUAAUUCAGCAUCCGGCGGAGGAAAGCAAAGUGUUGCGGACAGUUCCCCUAUUAGCAGCAUGCCUCCCCCAGGACAAGUGUAAAGUCAAGAUUGGUCGUCGCUUCAGUGAAGAAAGAGAUCCUGAACUUUCAAAUGUUUGUCGGAAGUCUGAUACAUUAAUAUUAUAUCCAGGGGCUGAAGCUGCUAAUUUGGAAGAAUUUAUAUUAGAUUCUCCUACUUAUCCUUCCACAAUCAUCAUCAUUGAUGGUACAUGGAGCCAGGCUAAGGACAUUUUCUAUAAGAAUUCUUUGUUCCGACUCCCCAAACAGGUGCAGUUAAAAACUAGCAUUUCUAGUCAGUAUGUAAUUCGGACGCAACCAACUAAUAGGUGCCUUUCUACACUGGAAUGUGCAGCUGCUGCUCUUUCCAUUUUGGAGAAAAAUAAUUACAUACAAGAGACUUUGCUUCGUCCUCUUCAAGCUUUAUGCUCUUUCCAGCUUCAGCAUGGUGCUCAAAUUCGCCUCAGCAAGGAACAUCUUCUGAAGAAUGGAUUAUAUCCUAAGCCAAUGCCAAAGAACAAACGCAAACUCAGGAAAAUGGAGCUGUUAAUGAACAGUGUUAAAAUUUAGUACAGUUGUUCCGUGGUGCUAGUUAUGGCGUCUUUCACUGACAAGACGAGGUUAAGUUUUCCAGAAAUUUAAGUCUGUGAGUUUUUGACUGUCUAAAGAAUGAGAGUUGCAUACUAAACUUGCCCAGAAGGAAGUAAACCAAAUAGUCAUAAAAAAACAACAACAAAAUUUCACUGACUCCAUAAAAAGCAAGGUUUUAUAGUUUAUUUGUUUUAAAAAAUGUGCCUCUAAUACAUUUUUUCAGAUCCAUUGUUUGAAAUGUGAUUAGUUAUUGAGAGAGUUAGAAGUUUGUCUUUAUAAAAUGGAAAGAAAUUAUUGUAUCUGAUGGGGGCAGUAUUGUUUUCAUUAAUGUUUAUAGAUAGAUUUGGACCUAUAAUAGAGGGUACUUACAUCAGUAUGCAAUCUUGCACAUAAAGUUUAUAGUUUGCAAUAAGUAACAAAAAUAAUGAUCAUCAAGUAGUUUAGAUUGAAUUAAUUUAUUUCAUAGAAAAACAGAUUAAGGAGACUAUAUUCUUUAGGGACUAAAUUUUGAAUUCAACUAUUAUGAUUUAAGUGUUCUAUUAAUUGCCUGAAUUUUUUGGUAUUAAGGUAUAAUUGGAAUAUAAGAUUUUAUUAGUUUCAGGUGUUUACCAUAAUGAUUCAAUAUUUAAAUACGUUGCAAAAUAAUCACAUUAUAAGUCUAGUUAACGUCCCUCACCGUACAUAUUUCCAAAAUGUUUUUCUGAAAAAAAAAAAAUGUUUUUCUGGUGAUGAGAACUUUUAAGAUAGACUUUCUUACACUUUCCAAUAUGCAGUAUUUGCAAUUUUACAGAAUUAUUAACUGUAGUCACCAUGCUUUAUAUUAAUAUCCCCAUGACUUUAUAACUGGUAGUUUCUUUUGACCCCAUUCACCCCCUUUGCCCACCAAACACCCUCUGCCUCUGGCAAACACCAGUCUAUACUCUGUUUCUAUGAGUUUUUUUUUAAAGAUUCCACAUACAAAUGAUAUCAAAUCAUAUUUAUCUUUAUGUGACUUAUUUCACUGAGUAUUAAUGUCCUCCAGGUCCAUCCAUGUUGUCACAAAUGACAAGAUUUCAUUCAUUUCUAUGGCUGAAUAAUAAUCCAUUGUAUACACACAAUAAUACAUUGUAUACACACCGCAUUUUCUUUUUUCAUCCAUUGAUGGCUGUUUAGGUUAUUUCUAUAUCUUGGCUAUUGUAAAUAAUGCUGCAGUGAGCACAGAGGUGCAUCUUUUCAAAGUAGUCUUUUUGUUUUCCUUGGUAAAUAUCCAGAGGUGGAAUUACCAGAUCAUAUAAUAGUUCUAUUUUUAACUUUUUGAGGAAUCUCCAUACUGCUUUCCAGUGUGGCUGCACCACUUUGCAUUCCCCCUAGCAGUGCACGAGGGUUCCCCUUUCUCCGCAUUUUCUGUGACAGCCCUUGUUAUUACUUGUCUUUUUGAUACUAGCCAUUCUGACAGGUGUGAGAUGACAGCUCAUGGUGGUUUUGAUUUGUAUUUCCCUGAUGACAAGUGAUGUUGAGCAUCUUCUCACAUACCUCUUGGCCAUCUGUAUG